AUGGCAGAACGUGCUCUCAUUUCGUCGGCAUCAGAUGGUCGCCAAACGGAGUGGGUGCUUCCCGAAACUAACCAAGCAGUGACUUAUCAAAUGCCACCCAACCUGCUUCUGUCUAGAAGGCCUGGAGAUCAACAAAUUGGUUCUUCUUACGAUAAAAAGCAUAUUGCAGCAGAGAUGACAGACGGAGAGGAUGAAGAAGAUGAAGAGGAUGCAGAAAAGGCUGCCAGGCUUGAACGGCCAAAGCAUGCGUAA